GGCGGAGUGAGAAGGCGGCGGCCACCGUGCUCGGACCCCGCACGCUCGUCCUCCGGUUGCGUCGCCGGUGGCGCCCGGCCUGCCGUGUCCCGGGGCCUCGCUCGGCCGCUUCGCCGGGUAGAGACGCGCGUGUGACGGCGGAACGGACGAGCGAGGCCACAGGCGGCGGCCACUGCGGGGCCUUGAAGAGAGCGAGCGAGAGGCUCGUGGGGGCGCGCGCCUGAGCCCCGGGCCCGGAGCCCCCGCUCGCCGUGCGGGCGAAGGCAGGUGCGGAGGGGGCCGCGGCCGGCUUCGGGGGCCGCGGCCCUGCGCGUCGCGAGCGGGGUUGGGGCGACGGGCGGGGCGCUGGCCCGGCGGUCCGUUCUCUCAGCCGGGACCCCUCCUCCACUUGUUCCAACCCCGCGCUGGUUUUCUCUGGUUAGACUCACGCCCGGGGUCCAGCGGUGGGACCACGGUCUUCCCUCUGUAGGCAGCGCCCGGGGCAUAGCGGAGAGCGACCCGCGGAGUAACGAGCCCCGCCUGCGGAGAGCGCCCUGAGGAGCCGAGGCCGGGCCUUGCCAGCUACGUCUGGCGGGUACUGCCCACAGGCUGUCCGCCGGCCGCCCGCCCGCCGGGGGUCUGCUCUUUGCAUUUGCACCCCCCCCCCGGGGCCUCUCAGAUCAUCGGGUGCAGCCCGUUAGGCUCCCGCAGGUUACAAGGCUCUCCUGCCAGCCGGAGGCACAUCAUAACUACAGGACUUCUGUCAGCUGAUGCCUAAGACGACGUUGCUUUACAAAGUGGCAGCUGCUUCCGAGGCUCGAUCCCCACAGGAGAGGAUGCCCCAGAGACCUCCGCCCGCCCGACAGCAAGAGUGCAGGCUUCCACUGAGGAAGAGACCUGGAGACCAGGGCCUACUCUGUGGACAGAAUUGUGAUUUUUGUUCUUUUAACAACUUUUCUCCAAUUGCAACACACGUUUGUGAAUAAGCAGUAAGCCUUAGAGAAAUCAGAAAAACGGAAAGAAGGAAAAGAAGAGUCAGCCACAAGGAAACUAAGGCUGCCGUGCUGGGACCCCUGCUGAGCACCUGCUGUGCGUCGGGCCCUCCCCCAGGCUCUGGGGGUACAGCCUGAGUGACCAGACUACAGGUCUUUGCUCAUGGAGGAAGGCGGAUAAGAAGCAACACCUGCUCUUCCCGACGGGACCCUGGAAUGGCGGUGCCACUUGCGACGCCCAUACUCCAGGAGGCGGUGGUGUUUGAGGAUGUGGCCGUGUACUUCACAAGGAUAGAGUGGAGUUGCCUGGCCCCCGACCAGCGGGCACUGUACAGGGACGUGAUGCUGGAGAACUACGGGCACAUGGCCUCGCUGGGUUUUCUUGUUGCCAAACCAGCACUGAUCUCCCUCUUGGAGCAAGGGGAGGAGCCGGGGGCUUUGAUUCUGCAGGUGACUGAGGAGCGAGGGUCCGCAGCCAGCCGCUGCCCAGAUUCUAAGAUGGAGACUGGGAUCAAGGAAUCUCCUCUGAGGAGAGUGUCCUCUAAGCAGUUAGGACUAUUGGGCACAAUUUGGGGCCGCCUCCCUGCGGGGAAGCCCAAGUUAACUGAACUGAAUGGGAGUCCUGAGGAUGGGUUAGAUAAAGUACCCCUCCCCCCCCAGGCAGGCGGCCCUGGUGGGGAACUUGGCACGUCCCCGGAGGCCCUGGAGGACAAACAGCGAGCCUCGGGCUGUGCAGACACUGUUGGGCAGAGACUGUACAGGUGUGCUUGUGGCAAGGCGUUUAAGUACAACUCGCUGCUGCUCAGGCACCAGGUCAUCCACACGGGCGCCAAGCCCUACCAGUGCACUGAGUGCGGCAAGGCCUUCAAGCAGAGCUCCAUCCUCCUGAGACACCAGCUGAUCCACACCGAGGAGAAGCCCUACCAGUGCAGCGAGUGUGGCAAAGCCUUCCGGCAGAGCACACAGUUGACCGCGCACCACCGAGUCCACACUCGGGAGAAGCCCUACGAGUGUGGGGAGUGCGGGAAGGCCUUCAGCCGCAGCUCCCGGCUCCGGCAGCACCAGAAGUUCCACACGGGGGAGAAGCCCUAUGAGUGCGGGGAGUGCGGGAAGGCCUUCUGCCGCAGGUUCACGCUCAAUGAGCACUGCCGCAUCCACAGCGGGGAGAGGCCUUACACCUGCCUGCAGUGUGGGCAGCGCUUCAUCCGUGGGUCCUCGCUCCUCAAACACCACAGUCUGCAUGCCAGGGAGAGCCCCCGAGACGACAGCGGCUGUCCGAAUGCCCUGCUCGGCGCAGCGCAGAAGUCUGCUACAGGGGACAAGCUGUACCAGUGCUCCGUAUGCCAGAGGCUCUUCAAGCACAACUCCUUGCUCCUCCUGCACCAGAGGCUGCAUACGGGUGAGAAGCCCUUCGAGUGCAGGGAAUGUGGCAAAGCCUUCAGCCGGAAGUCCAACCUCACUCUGCACCAGAAGACCCACACCAAGGAGAAGCCAUUUGCCUGCACAGAGUGUGGCAAGGCUUUCCGCAGGAGCUACACGCUGAACGAGCACUACCGGCUGCACAGCGGUGAGAGGCCGUACAGGUGCCGGGCCUGUGGGAGGGCCUGCAGCCGGCUGUCUGCCCUCAUCCAGCACCAGAAGGUCCACAGCCCAGAGUGCUCCCGGGAGGGUGGGGAACACAGACGAGUUGGUAAAAGUCAGAGACUUGGGUGUCUGACUCUUGAUUUUGGCUCAGGUCAUGAUUUUGGGGUGUGAGAUUGAGCCCCGAUCUCACGUGGAGUCUGCUGGGCAUGGAGUCUGCUUGAGAUUCUCUCCCCCAUUUUCCCUCUGCACCCCCCCUUCCCCAAACAACAAAAAAGGCAGAAAACCCAUCGGGGAGAGGCCCCAAGGCAGAGGGCCCGGGGCCAGGGCUGUGGUCAGGCAGCACACAGGGUGAGGACGGUGAGCCAGAGGAGUCCUCCCGCAACUGGGGAGCCUGGAUGCACACACAUGCUCCAAUGAGUCACAUGAGGAUUGUGGGUAGGUUCUGUUUUCUUUUUCCACUCAUCUGUUUUCCGAACACUGACUUGUGAUCAGAACAAAACGAACAAAAAGGC